GGCCGUUGGAUCGCGCACUUUUUUUAAAAAAAAAGAAAAGAAAAGAAAGAAAGAGUCCAUCUUGUACCCCGCCGGGCAAAACCCCCGCCGCCGACCUCGACGGCGGCGUUCCGCCGCGGCGCCAUGCUCCACCUCCGGAGACGCCUCCUCCCGCUGCUCCGCGUCCCCUCCUCCCCCCAUGCCUCCGCCUCCUACUACGCCCAUCUGCGCCGCCUCCGCCUUCCUCUCUCCACCGCCGCCGCCGCCACCGCGACCCCCUUCUCCGCCGAGGACUACCUCGUCGCCACCUGCGGCCUCACCGGCGACCAGGCGCUCAAGGCGUCCAAGAAGAUCUCCCACCUCAGGUCCGCCGCCAACCCGGACGCCGUGCUCGCCGUCCUCUCCGGCGUCGGCCUCUCCCGCGCCGACCUCGCCGCCGUCGUCGCCUCCGACCCGCACCUCCUCUGCGCCAGGCCCGACAACGUCUCCCGCCGCGUCACGUCUCUGCGCGACCGCGUGGGCUUGUCGGACCCUCAAAUCGGCAGGUUCCUCCUCGCCGGCGGCGCGAUGGCCGUCCGCAAAUGCGAUGUCGCCGAGCGGCUGGAGUUCUGGAUCCCCUUCUUGGGGGGAUCCUUCGAGACGCUUCUCAAGAUGUUGAGGAGGAACAACGCAAUUGUCAGAGCUGAUGUUGAGAAGGUGAUCAAGCCCAACAUCGCGCUGUUCCAGGAGAGCGGGCUAACUGUUCGAGAUAUUGUCAAGAUGCCCGGAUGGCUGUUCACGUUCAAUCCAAAGCGGGUGGAAGCGGCUGUGGAGCGUACUGGCAAGCUUGGUGUCGAGCUCGCCUCCAGUAGAUUAAAGUACAUGCUGUCUAUUGCUGGCAACAUCACCGAAGGCAAUGCAUCUGCGAGGAUGAAGUACUUGAGUAGCACUCUUAAUUGCUCCAUGGACAAGGUCGAGUAUAUGGUCGGCAAAAUGCCAACUAUUAUAACACUUUCUGAGGAAAAGCUUCGCAGUAAGAUUGAGUUCUUGAGUAGCACCCUUAAUUGCUGCGUGGACAAGAUCGGUCAUAUGGUUUGCAAAGAGCCAUUUAUUCUAGCAAUUUCUGAGGAGAAACUUCGCAUCAAUACAAAGUUCUUGAGUAGCGCUCUUGGAUGCUCCAUUGACAAUAUCUGUGUUAUGGUCUACAAAAUGCCAAGUAUUCUAGGACUUUCUGUGAACAAUCUUUGCAGAAAGAUAGAGUUUUUGGUCACCAAAGUCGGGUUGGAGCCUGAUUACAUUUUGAGUAAGCCUGUUUUGUUCGCGUGCAGCCUGGAGAAGCGGUUGAUGCCGAGGCAUUAUAUUGUAGAAGUCCUUUUGGCUAAGGGAUUGAUAAAAAAUGCUGGCUUUUUAACAUAUGCCAUACUGCGGGAGAAGGAUUUCGUAGCAAGGUACAUUGAUCAACACAAGAAUGCUGUUCCUGGGCUCGCUGAUGCCUAUGCCACAAUUUGUUCUGGGAAAGUGCCUCCUGAGCUGCAACCUUGACAUCCUCAGACUGAGAUGUUGGAGUUCAUUUCGGCAAGGUGCCUGCUGAAGUCCAACUAUAUCAUUUUUGGAUGGAUAUAUUGGAGGUUAAUUAUCUUUCAGGCCUAUAUCUGACCUAACACUUCAUGCUCUGAGGAUCAGUACUUGAUGUUCAUUCAUGGUCCUGUAUUUUUCCAUACCCAUUGAUUUCUGCUGUAGUUUAAGUUAUUGCUAUUUAUGCAGCAACUGGAUUGUUUUAAUCUUGCUGCCCUAGUGCCCUUAUAGCUUUACUGUCUCAUGUGAUGGCUCGUUGCUUCAACAGCUGUUUUCCUGUUCAGUUAUUUUGAGAAAAAUGGGUUUUUGCCGUGUUAA